AUAAAAGCGGAUAAAAGAUUAUAUAUACUCAUUCCCCAAAUGUGAACAACACUCUAAUGGCUCAAACAAGAUUCUCGAGUUCUCCCACUAUGUGCAUUUAUAAAUAGUCAAAUGAAUAAUUGCCAAACCCUUUGCCUUGGCCACAAGUAUAUAUAAAAGGUUAAAAUUGUUGAUCUAUGUCUUCAUUAUAGAAGGAUCAAUUAAUUGUUUAAUCGAUGGCUGCAAAACAAAACAGCAUGAUACCUAUAGUUAGCAAAAAUUUUUGCUCAGCUUCUGAAGUUGUUCUCGGGGUUCGAAUGAGGCCUAACGUGGUGAAUGGAGGAGGCUUUGUGGUGAUAGAUGUUACCCAGAAAGUUGUUUUCCGGGUCGAUGGUUGUGGGGUUAUUGGUAAAAAAGAACAGCUGCUUUUAAGGGAUGGUGAUGGAAAUGAACUGCUAUUAAUCAGACGAAAGGGAGGAAUUGUGGAAGCACUAAGUUUACAUAAGCGAUGGAAAGGGUAUUCUCAUGAUCUUGAAGGAUCUGAAAAGCUGGUGUUUAGCCUGAAAGAACCCAAGAAUUCAUACUCCUGCAUGGGGAAGAACAACCGGAUUACUGUAUCCGUUGCUUCAGAGUACAGCGCUUACGGGGAGUUUGCGAUCACAGGGGAGUUUGCUGCCAGAGAUUGUUAUAUUGUCAACUCCAAUGGCAGUGUUAUAGCUCAGGUAAGUAUAUAUGAUUCAUUUUGAGAUUAACGAUUUCAGUUUUCUGAGAACAAUCUAUAAACCCGAUCGCGAUAUCAUUGGAAGUAAACUAUUUCAGGUGGGAGUCUGGGAGGAGGUGGAGAAGAUGAUGGCUUGCCGGGAUCUAUACCAUGUGGCGGUGAAACCCGGAAUCGAUCAGGCGUUUGUAUUUGGAGUCAUUGCUGUUCUAGACUACAUUUAUGAUGGUUCCACCAGGUGCUGAAGUAACAUCGGUGUUGCAAAUAUUUCAGUUUCAGACACCAAAACUUAUACUAGCAUUUUGUUUCAAUCACCAAGUUCAAUUGCAAUUGAACCCCCCCAAAAUUAACUAACUCAGAUUCAGAUUCUGCUUCAUUUCUCAAUCCUGGCUGAGUUCAGUUACCGUACUGCAAUUCGAUUAGUAAUCCUUCAAGUGUACGUUUGUGUUGUUUUACGCUUUUGCAAAUUUCCAGAUUCUCAAUGAAUUCCAAGUUCUAACUUCAUACAUUUCCCUGUCUCAAAAGUGAAAAACAAGAUAAACCCAUUGUAGAAAAUGGUUCCGUGAAGGUGGAGGGAAAGCUGUCAAUUCCGUCGUUCUUCAUCCAAUAACCACCACAACGUCGGAUAGAAUUGCAUAUUCAACAAGCAUUUUAAUUCGUGCAAGAAAGUAUUACCAUAUCCAGAAAGUAAUCAUUAUCCCCCUGGAACACUCUGCAUUAUGUCACAUUAAACGCUGAUUUGUCUGUCCAUCAAGCAAUCUUAAGCAUCCAAUUUUGGGAUGAACAGAAAUUUCAAUAAGAGAUAAAAAAUUAAGAAAUUAUUAAUUAGUUCACCAACAAAGUGAAAUGAUCAACAACAUUUCAGCAACUGAGAAAGAAUGAAGAACUAACAAAAGCUAAGAACAACCACAAGCAUUAUUAUUACUCUCCACCGCCACGAUAGCGUCUUCCCCAUCCCCAAAAUCACCGCUUCGGAAGAGGAAAUACCCAACGCUCAAACCCAAAAUCACGGCCACAAAAACGCCGCCGUUAUAGGUCAUGAUGGUCAGCAUAAUGAAGUACCCAAUUGCCGAAUUGACCCCAAACAGCAGGGAAGACGCGACCCGAACCCACAACUUUUUAGGGCCCGAUUUGGGCGGCGAAGAAAUUAUGGGUAUACUGACUGAAUUACGAAUCCCAUCGGAAGAAGACGACGACGACGAAGACGGAGGCCGGAGAGUGGAUCUGAGCUUGAAAUUGAGGCGGCGAGCUUCGAGGUGUUGGUAGAAGAAGGAUAAGAAGAAGCAGAAGAGUAGGGUGAGUGAGUAAGUGAGCCAGGAAUCGGUCUUCCACGAAUCGAAUAAGAGGGUCACCUCUUUACCCCAGUACAGUGUCAUGUGCAUCAUCUUUGUUGUUGUUGUUCUUCUUCUUCUUCUUCAAUGGCAGAAAUGGGGAAAAUUUAUUUCAGUCGGUAGUUGUGAACGUUUUCUUGGAUUAGCGUGAAGACAAAGCCAAGAAGGAAGGCGUUGGAUAAAGGAAAGAGAUGAAAAGAGGAAUGGGAAUAACGAAUUAAAAAAAACUGUUUGAACAAUUUACAGAAUUUCCCCCUCAACUAUUUUGUUACUCGUAAAUGCCCCCC